CUUAAGGAAGUUCGGCCCUUCGCUAACGAGUGAUGCACCGUGCACUUCCGAGAUCGUUGUCGAUCCCGAAGAAAAAUACGCGGAGAACGCACAAAAAAGGAGGACGUUUUGGUUAAUAAACGAAAGAAAAGGGAAAGGAGCUGAACGAAGAAAACGAGAAGCGGCCAAAAAAAAAAAAAAAGAAAGAAAAAUAGAAAAAGGACUGGGAAAAUUAUCCACCUGAAGAAUGUACGUUAACGCUUAGAAAGGAGAAGCCCCUAAGUCCCUAAGUUGAAAAUUUCAUCGUGGAUGCUCUAACUAGAUCGGACUUAUAGCCUUCUCUUCCAAAUAGGCCACCAAAGCGUUCUCCAAAGAAUCUUUGAGCACUCGAACUUGGUAAGGGUGGAAUAGUAAUCGUGAUUAGGAUCAAAACAAUUGGUUUUUUCGGAGUAAAGGUAGUAGUGUAGCCUGAAAAGUAAAACCCUCUGACACGAGUGCUUCGAGAUUUAAAGUCGUUGAAUGGAGCUCCAAUUCAUCAUGGACGGCGGUGCAGAUGCUUUGAAUGGAACGAUAUGGUUUCCCAAUACACCGUCACCUCCGUACGAACAGCUGUCCCCAGUUCGUCAGAACAGAUGUGACCCUAUCGCCACUCAGCACGCGUCAAUGGGAUAUCACAGUGCGCAAAAUUCUUUAUGGCAGGAUAAAUACGACUCACCAAAGGAUUCCCCAGAGGACGGUGGCCAAAUACGUUCGAGCAGCGAAUCGCCCCAACAUCUUAGCCCGUCUUCCGACAAUUCCCCCAAUUGCCAGCAGAGCACCCUGAAACGUCGAGCCGGAGAGCCGUUGUCGCAAAUUACAGAACUCGAGAAGAAGCAUGCUAAGAGAGAUGGAUCUGUCGGGAGCAAUGGUUCUGGACAAGGAUGGUCAACCCAAGUGGAGGAGCUGGCCGAACAUCUUGCCGCCGACUUCGAUGGAUCGCUCUCAGCUCUUGCAGCAUCCGAUCUUGCAACAGCAGUCGCUUCCUAUAAUAUGAGCGAAGCCUUGCUUGCAUUACCAUCAUUGACGGUAUUUAAACAAGAGGCGCCAUCGCCAGAAAAUCAGCAAAAUUCCAAUUUAAACCACGUAUCACAGAGAACAAUUAAUAAUUCGGCACCAGCGAACAAUGUGAACAACUCUGUUGAAGCUGAUAGUAAUAAUAAUGGACAGACAGCAACUAGUCUUCAUCAGUUGCUUUAUCCCUCAAACGAAGAAUAUCCUCCAACAUCAUCCUCAGGAAAUCAUGUGUCUUCCUCUCAACAGGGAAGCGAGCUCAACGAGGAUUGCCGUUUUCAAUAUGUGCUUGCCGCUGCUACUAGUAUUGCAACGAAAGUUAACGAAGAAACGCUCACUUACUUGAACCAGGGACAAUCGUACGAGAUUAAAUUGAAGAAAUUAGGUGAUUUAUCUGCUUAUCGUGGGAAAAUUUUAAAGGGACAUCCAACGUUUUUGUUUCAGUCGACAAUACGCAUUUGCUUCCACGAGAGGAGACUUCAGUAUACUGAAAGGGAACAGAUGCUCGCAUGGCAACGCGCAAGACCUGGUGAAAGAUUACUCGAGGUCGAUGUUCCUCUUAGUUAUGGAAUGGUAGAUGUUUGUCAACCAUCUCCAUCAAAUAAUAGUGUAGAAUUUAUGUGGGAUCCUACCAAGGAAGUUGGCGUAUAUAUAAAGGUGAACUGUAUUAGCACUGAAUUUACGCCCAAGAAACAUGGUGGGGAAAAAGGCGUGCCCUUUCGAAUACAAGUGGAAACGCGAUUGCCGGGAGGCCCUCGUUUGCACGCUGCUUCUUGCCAGGUAAAAGUUUUCAAGUUGAAAGGAGCUGAUCGCAAACAUAAGCAAGAUCGUGACAAAAUACUGCGACGACCACCACAUGAGCAAGACAAGUAUCAGCCAAGUUACGACUGCACGGUUCUCUCCGACAUUCCCCUAGACUCGUUAUCACCAUCUAAUUUGAUCACACAAAGUGGUGGAAGUCCCUAUGCUUCAACAGAGGCAAUAUCUCCUCAAAGUCGCUCUACUAUAAGUGGCAAUACUUCACCAGUAGUAGCACCCUUGGCACUUUCAGUUUCCAAUCCAGGUAUCGUACCACUAGUUCCUGCUUCUGAUGCUGUGAAGGAAAACGUGGGAACAGCACCUGCUCUACCAUCGCCUGCGGCAAUUUUACCAGACCAAUCUUGUAUCGAAACUGAAAGAUCGUCAUGUUUGGUUCAAUUGUCACCUGAUGCAAGUGCGGCACAGACAACGACAUGGCUUCGUGCUAGUCGCUUCAACGCAUUUGAAUCUACAUUCGCAAGCUUCUCUGCUUCGGAUAUUUUACGACUCUCUAGGGAUGAUUUAAUUCAAAUCUGUGGCCUGGCCGAUGGGAUCCGAUUGUUCAACGCGCUGCAUUCAAAGGCGCCAACCCCAAAACUUACCCUUUAUUUCUCGCUGGAAGACAACAGUUCACUUUGGAGAGUCGCCUACUUGGACAGUCUGACCAGUAGUGCCUUGAUAAAUAAGUUACUGAACACCUUAAGUUUAUCUCAUGAUCGACUCCAUUCUGUUCUCUUUCUUGGUCCUCAGGGUAUCCAUGUGUUAGUUACCGAUGAAUUGGUAGCAAACAUGAAAGACGAAAGCAUGUAUUUCGUUGAAACUAUCAAAGAUAAUACGAGCGAACGCUACAAAUUGCUUCUAAAGCCUUCGUCGCGUUCUUAAAAGAUACAAUUACUGAUAAAUUAAUUGCAAAAUUAUGUAGUAGAUCUUCCAUAUAUCCCAAAUUUGCCAAACGAAUCUGUGAUUCGAUAAAGAAUUUAUUACGUAGUAAGAUGAAAAUAACUUAUUGCGUAAUUAAAAAUUUGUCGAUUUUUUUUUCGUUUUAAAUUACGACAAUAUUAUCAGAAAAUAUUUCUGAAUUAUUUAUUCAUAAUAGUUAGUAAACUAUUUAGUUUUUAAUUAAUUUGAGAUAAUUAUUUUAUACAAUCAGGUAAAAAAGAAUAUCGAAGAAAGAUAGGCCUUAUUAAUAAAAAGACGAGGAAAUCUACCCAUAUUUUAUAUGCAAUACUCAUUAAAAGAUUCCAGUAUAGUUA